AUGUCCCUUCAGGAUAAUCCUCAGGCCCAUGGGGUCCAUAGCAACUGGGUCGUUCAAAAGUUCGGCGGCACCAGCGUCGGCAAGUUUGCUCUAAACAUUAUAGAACAGGUUGUCCAACCCAGUCUCGUUAGCAAUCGAGUCGCCGUUGUCUGCUCGGCCAGAAGUAGUUCUACAAAAGCCGAAGGCACCACCAACCGGUUACUGCGGGCAGCCCGGGACGCCGAGAACUCCCAGUCACGGCAAUAUGAAGUAUUCGUCGAGGCCGUUCGCCUGGAGCAUGUCCAAGUUGCCGAGGAACAAUUGAAAUCGGUGGAUUUGAGGGAUCAAGUGGUGGCCGAUAUAAACGGGGAAUGCGAACGGGUCCUCAAAGUCCUCGAAGCCGCGCAGACUCUCGGGGAGAUCAGUGCCCGCUGCGUGGAUAAGGUGAUGAGCACCGGCGAGAAGCUCAGCUGUCGGCUCAUGGCCGCCUUACUGCAGGACCGCGGGGUGGACUCGCAAUAUGUUGAUCUCUCCGAGAUUAUCGAUUUCCCCAUCGGUGCGCAGGGUCUGGACCAGGACUUCUACAAUAAUCUGGCUGCCAUCCUGGGCAAGAAAGUCAACGAAUGUGGAUAUCGGGUACCCGUGUUGACCGGCUACUUCGGUACCAUCCCCGGUGGGUUGCUCGACCAGAUCGGCCGUGGCUAUACGGAUCUGUGCGCCGCCCUCGUAGCCGUCGGCACCCGUGCGAAGGAGCUCCAGGUCUGGAAGGAGGUGGAUGGCAUCUUCACCGCAGACCCUCGCAAAGUGCCCACGGCCCGCCUUCUCCACGCUAUCACGCCCGCCGAAGCCGCCGAAUUGACCUUUUACGGAUCCGAAGUGAUUCAUCCUUUCACCAUGGAACAGGUCAUCCGCGCUAAAAUCCCCAUUCGCAUCAAGAACGUCAUGAACCCGAAAAACCGAGGCACCGUCAUCUUCCCCGACUCCACUGCCGAGCUCGAACGGACCACCCCUGGCCAUGAUCCUCGUCUUUUCCGCACUCGCAGCCCCAGUUUCAUGCAGAAACCGAAGCGGCCCACGGCCGUGACCAUUAAGCAUAAGAUCCUGGUGAUCAACGUUCACUCGAACAAGCGAUCGUUGUCCCAUGGUUUCUUUGCCGGCAUUUUCUCGGUGUUGGACAAGUGGCGCCUGUCGAUCGACUUGAUCUCGACCAGCGAGGUCCACGUGUCGAUGGCCCUCCACUCCGAGGUGCCCCUUCUGAAUGGGAACGGAAGGGAUGAGUACCAAGUCAUUGACGAUGAUCUGAAGGGGGCCCUCAAUGAUCUGGGGAAGUACGGGAUGGUCGAUAUCAUCCCGGAGAUGGCCAUUCUCAGCUUGGUUGGCAAGCAGAUGAAAAAUAUGAUCGGUGUGGCUGGUCGUAUGUUCACCACCCUCGGGGAAAACCACGUGAACAUCGAGAUGAUUUCGCAAGGUGCAAGUGAAAUCAACAUCUCCUGCGUCAUCGAAGAGCGCGACGCGGAUCGCGCUCUCAACAUCAUCCACACCAGCAUGUUCACUUUUUUGGACUAG